UGCUCCUAACCACUAAAAAACACCUCUUUAGCAAGUAACACUCUUCAACUACUCCAAUUUGCUGCAGACACCAGAGUCUAUUCUUUAUUCAGAUUAAUUGAAAAGGAACGGGAAAUGACCAAAUUACCCCCUGCCUACAGCCCCAAGCCCCCAAUCGGCAAUCGCAUCCACAUCGCGUUGCUCUCUUGCAAGUAGCGACCCGGCGGCGCGCAGGGCCUCCCUCGGCCGCCCGCCCGUUCCGCUGCACCGGCCGCAAGCGGCUUCGGCCCGCGGGCGGCGCGCGGCGGCCCUCCUGCUGGCGGCCUCCUCCGGCGCGCAGGGCCUCCCCCGGACGCCCGUUCCGCUGCGCCGUCCCGCUGCACCGGCCGCAAGCAGCUUCGAUCCGCUGGCGGCGCGCGGCGGCUCUCCUGCCGGCGGCCUGCUCCGGCGCGCAGGGCCUCCCACGGACGCCUCCGUUCAUAGCCUGCAGCGGUGCGGCACCAUACCGCCGUUUCUAAUUGCUGCCACGCUUCGUAGUUCGUAGGCAGACGCCACCACAACAACGCCUCGCCAAAGGACGCCCAAAAGCGCCGCCGUUGUCGACACAGACACAAGAAUUGUAAUGGCUUUCGUCCGGAACGCCUGCCGGCGGUACCACCGCCGCAUGAGGGAUGCCGGAGUCGAGGGAACGACGACAUCGGUGGCCACACUGGACCGGAAGCGGUGGCCGCGGUAGCGUCCACGCGAGCCCAAACCAUGAGGGCGUAGGCCUCCGAGACCUGAGAGCCAGCAUGCCGCAGCCCCCCGGGCAGACCUGCGAAGCUGGAGCGACAUUGGCCUCCCUCUCCAGCAGGCCUGCGCGGCGCCGCUUUGCCGACGCGUUCGGGCUCGUGCGUCCGCGCAUCCCGGCGGCGCCACGCCCAGCUCCGGCGAGGGAAACGCCGGAUCCAGGCGCUACCGCCCACGACUCGCCGUCAUCGUCCUGAGGGCCGGCCUCCCUCUCCGGCAGCCUGCGCGGCGGUUGUGCGCCCGCGCUUCCCGGCGGCUCCGUGCUCCCCCAACUCCGGCCAGGGAAACGCCGGAUCCGGCCACUGCCCCCGCGAUGCGCCGUCGCCGUCUCCCUCCGGCCACUGCCGCCCGCGAUGCGCCGUCGCCGUCGCCGUCGCCGUCUCGAGGGCCGGGCCUCCAUCUUGAGCAAGAAGUCCACGUCGGGGGAUAAGAGGAAAAGAGUGAAUUGAAGAUGCCUCGCCGCCACCAUCCCCGCUGCCGCACGGGCUUCCGGCGGCCGGCUCUGGUGGCGGCGUGGCAGGGAAGAGGGUGGAGGGGGGCCUUGGACGGCGGCGGCAAACCCUUUUGCUCGACACAAAUGGGAAAACAGAGUCUCGGAGACUCGCUUCGACGGUGCCGAUGGAUUGUGCCACUACACCAAGAUAUUUCAGGUGGAACAUGUGUCUGAUGGGCUAUUCCGUCGCAUCUGCAAAAUUCUCAGGAAAGAUCAUUUCCAUGCAACCACCCUUUCCGUGGCUAGUCAGAUCCUCCCAUACCUGAACACAUAUACAAAGUAUGUGAAUCAUUUUCCAUGUACACACAAUAUAUAAAUGGUGCCGGCCUGAAGUUCUGUCUUCUCUGUUUCGGAACAGCGCAUAUAGAUAGAUGUUCCUUGUCACUAGGCGCCUGAGAGCACACCAUUCUAGCGUCAUGGCCCGGGCUUGCCAUGUUACUCUGAUGCUACUGUUGCCCCUUCUGCUGUCAAACAUGGACAUCUCUUCUUCUUCUUCAGCUGCAAGCAAUGGAACCGACCUUUCGGUGCUUCUUGUCAUCAAAGCUGGGCUCUCAGAUCCGCUUGGAAUCCUCAGCGGCAACUGGACCCCCAAUUCCCCCUUCUGUGACUGGGUGGGUGUUUCUUGCAGCAGGCGCCGGCAGCGAGUCACUGCACUGGAGCUACCAGACAUGCCGCUCCAAGGAGAGCUCAGCGCUCAUCUCGGUAACCUCUCCUUCCUCCAUGUCCUCAACCUUACAAACACAAGAAUCACAGGUCCCAUCCCGUCUGAUAUUGGAAGGUUACCUCGUCUUAGAGUUGUUGAUCUUAGCCACAACAGUCUCUCUGGGUCCAUACCAGAGAGUAUAGGCUCCUUCAUCAUGCUUCAGGUUCUUUCCUUGGAAUACAACCAGCUCUCAGGUCCAGUACCCCCUUCAAUCUUCAACAUGUCCAGGCUUGAAACCAUGCUUCUUGGUAGCAACAACCUAGUCGGCCCCAUACCUCACAAUGGAAGCUUCAGCCUCCCCAUGCUGCAGGUGGUGGUUCUCUCUGUCAACAACUUCACUGGUCCAAUACCAUCAGGCUUUGCGGCAUGUCAGCACCUGCGGGUGCUUAACUUGGCGAAUAAUCUCCUUGAAGAUGUCGUGCCAACGUGGCUUGCUAAACUGCCGCAACUCACUCUCAUUUCAAUGGGUGGAAACGGUCUUCUUACUGGGUCAAUCCCGAGUGAUCUUAGCAAUCUCACCAUGCUCCAGGCGCUUGACCUCUCAUUCUCCAACCUACGCGGAGAGAUCCCACGGGAAUUGGGAAAACUUGAAAAACUCACGUGGUUACAACUUCAAUCUAAUCAACUGACAGGUUCAUUCCCAGCUUCUCUUGGUAACCUGUCCCAACUUUAUCAACUAGCACUAGAUUCGAAUCAUUUAACUGGAUCAGUCCCCGAAACUGUGGGAAACCUCAGGCUGCUUUACUACUUUGACAUUGGAAGCAAUCUUCUCACAGGGACACUUGAUUUCUUUCCGGCACUCUCCAACUGUAGGCAGCUGCGGCACCUCGGCAUACACACAUGUUUUCUCACAGGGAGCAUUCCUGCCUCCAUUGGAAACCUCUCUAGAAAGCUGAAACAAUUUGGUGCGCAUAGGAACUAUUUAACUGGCAGUCUUCCAACAACAAUAUCAAAUCUGAGUGGUCUCAAUUGGCUAAAACUUUCUCACAACAAUUUGAGUGGCAUAAUACCAGAAUCCAUUACACUAAUGGAGAAUCUUGAGGUACUAGACGUAGUUGUGAAUGUCAUGUCUGGUCCAAUCCCAACACAAAUUGGCACCCUAACAAGAUUACAUAUAGUAUUCCUAGAGGACAACAAAUUUUCCGGCACCAUACCAAAUGGUGUUAGUAAUCUAAGUAUGUUAGAACAAAUUUCGCUUUCACAUAACCAGCUGUCUUCUAGUAUACCUGAAGGCUUAUUCAAUCUAAGUAAUCUUGCUGUAUUAUCUCUAUCUCACAAUUCAUUUACUGGUGCAUUGCAUUCUGAUCUGAGUCCCCUGGGAUCAUUGUAUUAUGUAGAUAUCUCCUCCAACAGCUUGGUUGGUACCCUCCCAGAUUCAUUUGGAAAUCUUGGACUCUUAAGCUACCUAGAUCUGUCACACAACACGCUGCAAGGUUCAAUCCCAGAGUCUUACCAAAAGUUAAUCGACCUCGGUCUAUUGGACCUAUCUUUUAACAACCUUUCUGGUACUAUUCCAAAGUUUUUGGCCAACUUUACUUUACUGACUAGCUUGAACCUUUCCUUCAAUGAGUUCCAAGGUGAGAUACCAAAUGGCGGUAUUUUCUCAAACAUCAGUGCACAAUCUUUGAUGGGAAAUCCUGGGUUAUGUGGUUCGCCACCUCUAGGAUUUUCUCCAUGUCGAGAUACUUCUAAUCGAACCAAGAAACAGUUGAUGAGGUUUAUACUCCCAACUGUGCUUAUAACAGUUGCAGCUAUAGCAAUUCUCUUAUACCUGAUGGUUAGAAAAAAUAAUAAUAUGAAUCGACCAGAUGUAACGAUGAUUUCUGUUGACAUGGGUGAUGUGGUCAACUAUAGGAUAGUAUCCUAUCAUGAGAUUGCUCGUGCCACUGAAAAUUUUAAUGAAGACAACCUUCUUGGAGUUGGGAGCUUUGGCAAAGUUUUCAAGGGACAACUAGAUGAUGGUUCAGUGGUCGCAAUUAAAGUGCUCAACAUGCAACUCGAGCAGGCUUUGAGGAGCUUCGAUGCUGAAUGUCAAGUGUUGCGCAUGGCUAAACAUCGCAACUUGAUAAGGAUAUUGAGCACUUGUUCCAGCUUGGAUUUUAGAGUACUGCUCCUUCAGUACAUGCCCAAUGGAAACUUGGAUGAACAUUUGCACACUGGAAACAGAGAGCCACUAGGAUUCAUCAAGAGAUUGGACAUUAUGCUUGGUGUAUCAGAGGCAAUGGAAUAUCUGCACCACUAUCACCAUCAAGUUGUUGUACACUGCGAUCUGAAGCCUAGCAAUGUGUUGUUCGAUGAGGAGAUGACGGCGCAUGUUUCAGACUUCGGGAUUGCAAAAUUACUUCUAGCUAAUGACAACUCUAUAAGUUCAGCGAGUAUGCCAGGGACAAUUGGAUACAUUGCACCAGAGCUUGCAUUCAUGGGGAAGGCAUCACCGAAGAGUGAUGUGUUUAGCUUUGGGAUCAUGCUUCUUGAAGUCUUCACCGGGAAGAGGCCCACGGAUCCGAUGUUUGUAGGAGAGACCAGCCUUAGGCAGUGGGUUUCCCGAGCAUUUCCAGCGAAGCUGAUCGAUGUUGUGGAUGAGAAGCUACUGCAGGAUGAAGUGAUCAGUCAUGGCGUUCAUCACCAAACCAAUACUAAUUCUUCAGCAUUAUCUUCCACGACCUGCAGUGGCCACUUUCUUGUGUCAAUAUUCGAGCUGGGUCUGGUGUGUUCGAGCGAAUCACCUGAGCAAAGGAUGGCAAUGAAUGAGGUGACUACAAAACUGAAGAACAUAAAACAGGAUCACUCUACCUGACUGCCUCUGCACAGGCACUGCAAAGGGCUCAGCUUGGUUAGAUCAAUCUAUCUUCUACAUAUUUCCGGUAUCUACUGUACUCCGUAUCGUAUAGCAAUGGUUUAGCAUGGGUUUCCAUUACGUGUUUAAACUUGACAUUGUUCUUUUGCCCAGCCUAUCAAGCAUCAUGUGCAAUAUCCACCGAUUUAUGUUAAAUAAAAAUUCAGAUCUUUCUUGAGAAUCUUCUAGAA